UCGGCUGGCGGCGCGGUCCCACCAUGCCGGGGAAACGCACCGCCAAGAACCCAGUGCCAGAGGAGGAGCCUCUGGAGAGGAAGAAAAUUAAAGUCAGCCACCCGUCGCACCGCACACAACCUGGGCUGGUGCUGACCCUGGGCCAGGGCAAUGUGGGCCAGCUGGGCCUGGGCGAGGACAUCAUGGAGAGGAAGAAGCCAGCCCUGGUGACCCUGCCGGAGAUGGUGGUGCAGGCAGAGGCUGGAGGGAUGCACACGGUGUGCCUGGGCCAGACAGGCAAGAUCUACACCUUCGGCUGCAACGAUGAAGGCGCCCUGGGGCGCGACACCUCGGAGGAAGGGUCUGAGACCUCCCCGGGGCCGGUGGAGCUGCAGGAGAAGGUGGUGCAGGUGUCAGCAGGGGACAGUCACACUGCUGCGCUGACCGAGGACGGCAGGGUCUUCGUGUGGGGCUCCUUCCGGGAUAACAACGGGGUGAUCGGCCUGCUGGAGCCCAUGAAGACAAGCUCCACUCCUGUGCUGCUCCAGCUGGAUGCCCCCGUUGUUAAAAUAGCCUCAGGGAAUGACCACCUGGUGAUGCUGACGGUGGAUGGUGACCUGUUCACGUGUGGCUGUGGCGAGCAGGGCCAGCUGGGCAGGGUGCCAGCGCUCUUUGCCAACCGAGGAGGACGGAAAGGGCUGCAGAGGCUGCUGGUCCCCCAGCUCGUCCCUGUCAGAGGCAAAGGGAGAAGAACCAAAAUGCGCUUCCAGGACGCCUUUUGUGGGGCCUAUUUCACUUUUGCUGUCACACAGGAGGGACACAUCUAUGGAUUUGGCCUCUCCAACUACCACCAGCUGGGGACCCAGGACACCGAGCCCUGCUUCUCCCCGCAGAACCUCACCUGCUUCAAGAACUCCACCAAGUCCUGGGUCGGGUUCUCUGGUGGGCAGCACCACACGGUCUGCGUGGACUCCGAGGGUAAAGCCUACAGCCUGGGCAGGGCAGAGUACGGCCGGCUGGGCCUGGGGACGGGGGCAGAGGAGAAGAGCACACCCACAGUGAUCCCAGAGCUCCCCAGCAUCAUCUCGGUGGCCUGUGGAGCGUCUGUCGGAUACGCCGUCAGCAGUGACGGACGAGCGUUUGCCUGGGGAAUGGGCACCAACUACCAGCUGGGCACCGGGGAGGAGGACGAUGUGUGGAGCCCGGUGGAGAUGACAGGGAAGCAGCUGGAGAACCGGCGGGUGCUGGCCGUGUCCAGCGGAGGGCAGCACACCGUGCUGCUGGUCAGGGACAGGGAGCAGAGCUGAUGGAGUGACGCCGCAGCCGAGCCCAGCGGGACCCACACACCCCCCACACCUCCCACCCGGCUCAGGGAGGG